AUGAUUGAUGCGGAGAAUCUGUGGACAGCUUCGCAGUACAUCAACAACCAGCUGCUGUCGAGAGGACUUCUCCGCGAUGGCCGCGACAUCGACUUCACAAGCCUGGGAGAAGACGAAUACAGCACCGCAGAGACUGCAGGCCGCAUCAUAAGCAUCUUGAAUGAUCUCAUUAUCCGACGAGAUCGAGAUGCAGAACAACGCGAGUCCCUCUCGGUAGCGCUGCGCGGUCUUCGAGCGGAGAACUUAAAAUACACAAGCGACAUUGCGCGACUAUCAGAGAAGGCUGCCGAGGCCCAGCGCAGAAGCGACAUCGCCACGGCAUCCGAAGCUUCGCUCAAGACCCAGCUCAAGUCAGCAGAGUCGACUGUGCGAGGACUCAAAGAUGAGCUGGCACGCACAAAAGGAUUAGUGGGACAAGUACGAACCGCAUGCGCGACCGAAGUACGGAGGCGUGAUCGACAAAUCGAAAGUCUCAAGAAGCAGGUCGGCGAGGCGGGUCGCGCGAGAGGAACAAGAACCAGCUCUGGAGUCGUGUCGAUUACCGUGACAGGAGAUGUGGGCAAUGAAAGCAGGAGAUCGCUCACACGUGGAGGAAACAUUGAAGACGAAGAUUAUUCCUUGCGUACCGAGACAAACUCUUUUCUUGCUAGCUUGGCGCAGAACUUGAGCGAAGAGAACGAGACUCUCUUGAACGUCGUGCGACAGGCAAAAGAUCGGCUGUGCGAGAUGAGUGGAUGGAAUAGCGAAGUCAAAGAGGAAUCUGAGGUUGUCAAGCCGCAAGGCUGGCAGGAGAUGGCAUCGGAGCUUGGCGCUGUGAUGGAACACCUGAGAACAAUCUUGACGAACCCAUCCUUUGUGCCAAUCGAAGAGGUUAUGGUGCGAGAGGAAGAAAUCGAUCGUCUUAAAGCUGGCUGGAUCAAGAUGGAGAGCCGAUGGGAAGACGCUGUUCAUCUGAUGGAUGGCUGGCGGAAGAGAAUGAAUAAAACUGGGAAACCUAUUGGGGAGGAGGAUCUCAAGAUGGGAUUGCAUUUGAGCCCGGUCCGCGUCUCCAAUGUUGAGGAAACAAGGACCGGACGAGAACCCGGCCUACCAGUCGUGGCAGAAGAAAGCGAAGAAGAAGAGGAAGAUGACGAGUCGAAACAAUCGCCCUGUCCUCCUAAAGGAUCGUACCAGGGGAUGGCUGAUGUCGCAGAGGAAGACGAAGAAGAGGACGAUCUCGAAGAGGACAUCUAUGGUUAUAGUAACGAUGAGUCAGGCGGUCCUGACAACAACGACGAAGGUGACGGCGGCAACGACGACAACGACAGAAAUGACGACGACGAUGUUAUGGAAAUUGACGAAGAACCACCAAACAACCAUGUCCCCGGGAUGGAAGAUUCGGGGGCGGCUGAUGAUAUAGAGUCAGAUCAACCUCCCAUACCGCCUCCUCACUUGGUUCCGCUUCAGAAUUCUUCUUCAGCUGGCAACCGCGGUCCUUUGCAAAGUAGACAUCGACAAAAGCCCAGUGGCUCUAUCAUGCAGCAGACGGCUGCAGUUAACAGCGCCGAGGCCCCCAAAUUUACAUCUAAUCGAGUUGUAAAGGCACUAGGGACUUCCCAGAGGCAGCGGCUUGAUGGUACAAAGACAACUAGGCCCGAAGAGCCGCCGCUUGUUGCAUCAACGUCAUCUCUAGAUGAAGCUCUACUGUCAAACAACCGAGCAGAAGAACCUCCAGCCUCUCGAAGCGGCCCUGCGGCUGGUGCCAGUUCCAACCCAGGGGGCAUACGAUCCAACCCACGUCGUAUGCCUGUCCGUCUGGCACCAACACAGGCAAACAGGGUUUCGCGGCCACAGCUUGGUAGCUCGCCAUCCAAAGCUGCCAUUGCCGCCAAGCUCGCCGCCUCGGAAAAGCAAGCUGAUGCUGCGCGCGCAAAACUCCAAACCCUGCGAGCUGCAAAGACUGCUCAAAGACCUGCAGUGGCCUCUGCCACGGAGCUGUCGAGACCUUCGGCGGCGGCAAGAAUACAGGCUUCGGUAGCCGGUCGGCCCAGGAGUGCUAGUCCGAUAAAGCGAGAAGUUGCACAGCAAGAAGUACAGAAACCCGAGAAACGCAAGAGGGAUAUUCGGGUGGCCAAAGUUUCGUCGAGGCGGAGGAGCACGCUUAGUCCCUUUGAACUACAGGGCUUGAUAUCUGGCAAUGUUGAAUGA